ACCUCCAACAAGAUCAAGAUCUUUGACGCCCAUCGAUCAUUCUCACAGAGAUAUCUAUUGAGUACAGCACACUUUACUUUUAGUUAGUUGUACUUGUACUUGUACUUGUGGUAACACCAUCAUGUCAGCCCCGGACAAGUCUCCGAACGCCAAUAAUAAGACGGCCAAAGCUCCUGUGUUUCCCGUGGGUCCGGCAGGUCGUCGCGAUCUUCGCCGAGCCCUGGUUCGAUCGACGAAUCCAGUGGAAACCAUUCAGAAAUUCCAACGGGAGCAUUCGCUGCAUUCCAUGUUUGCCAAAGCCUUUGGCACCACACCGAGCCACGAAGUGUCUGCCGAAGAAGCCAAGGCCAAGACUCGCAGCAAAGGAGAUGCUCCUGCUCUCCAAGUGGAAUCCCUCGGCACGGAUUCGGCCAUGGCAUUUCUAUCCAAUUUGGGGGUCUCCCAGUACGAAGUCCACAAACGUGUGGGUGACACGCUACUCAAACAUCUCGAAGUGGAGAUUAAAAAGACACAAAAGCCAGAACCACUCUUAAAUUUACUCAAGUCUUGUUGGGUCUAUGCGACAACCAUUCCAGAAUUACGGCCGGUCUUGUGGACCGUGCUCAAACAACUCGGAAAAGAUACCCCACCCGCCGUACUCAAGGCACUGGGAGAACAAGAAGAAAACGGAGAACUCAAACACGCCGAUAUAUUCCGACCUCUGCCUCCGCUGUUGAAGCGGCUUGUAUGGGAGACGGACUGGGAUGACAAAAUCUCGCGAGAAAUGGUGGAACAAAUGGAACCCAAAGCCUUCCUGGAACAAGUCAAAACAACUCUGCUCGGUCAUACCAUAUUGCCACAUUUGAAAGACUACUGUCGCAAUGAGUACCUCGUCACACAUGCCAAUCGACUCUUUGUGGAACGCGUCCAGCAGCGGGCAUUGCCUACCAACCAACGGAGAGCACUCAACGCUCUCUCCAAUGCAACCGGUUCCUCGGCAAAUCCAGCCGGUAGUUCUUCCCCCAAAGCAGCAUCCAGUACACUCAGCAGUCUCACCAAUCGAGCGGGAAGUGCAACGACUCCCACCAAAUCUUCCACAACCAACGCUGUCGAUGGGGAAAUAACAUCGGGGAAAACCAUUGCGUCCGUAAAACAGUUAUUGUCCGAUCCCACUGGAGGGACGGCUGCGUUUCGACCCAAAUUGCUCUAUGCUGUACUCUCCAUUUUGAUUGCCGAACACGGAUCCUUGGAUGACAAUAUCAUGGCGUGUUCCGAUCAUCUCCACUGUACGCUCGUAGCCGAUCUGCUCCUAUCGGCAUCGACGGGACUUCCCAAAGCCUAUCAACACGUCUUAAGACUGGCCAUUACAUUGGAUGACAGUGUCAAGGCGGGGGUGCUGCAAGAUACGGCCAUUCUCAAAAUACAGUCUUGUUUGAAGGAUAUAUUCCCGGCCAUGAAGGAGACGCCAACUGACAAAAAGGACGAUGACAAGGACAAGGACAACAACAAGAACAACAGCAGCAACAACAAGAAAUCACCACCCACGAAAGGAGGCAAAAAGGACGGAGGCAAAACGGACCCCAAAAAGGAUGCCAAGGGCAAGACGACGCCGGGAAAAACUGCCAACAAUCCACUGAAAGAACCCACCACAGCGUUCAAACGACAGCUCAGUCGUAUCAUUCGUGGCUGCUUGGAUGCCAUGAAAGAGGCCGAUCCACAGAGUCUCUUUUUGAAUCCUGUCACGGACGCCAUUGCUCCAGGAUACAGCAAAGUCAUCAAACAACCCAUGUGUAUCAUGACCAUGGAGAAAAAGAUUGACGAUCACGACAACAUGUACAAAACAUUGCAAGAAUGGGAGGAGGACGUCAAACUCAUGUUCCAGAAUUGUAUCACCUACAAUCGAGGGGCUGCUGGUCAAUGGUUUCGAGGGGAAGCGCAGCGGCAAAAGAAAGUCCACAAAGAAGAAAUUUUGCCACAAGCACGAAUUCUAUAUGACAAGGAAGUCGCGCUACGAACAAAGACGGAAGAUGAUGACGAAGACGCGCCGUCGCGAAAACGAAAACUACCUGGAACCUUGCCCGAUCCCAAAAACAAGCCAGGGACUGUUUCGUCCCAGAUCAGCCCUGUACCUGCCGUCUUUAAGAAUACGGUCCCUGGGGCCGCCGCUGCCAAGCCCGAAGCCGAGGCAGAAAAAAACAAGGACAAGGUCUAUCCCAGCAUGCCGUCAUUGGCAUCCAUGCUUUUGGCCGACCCCUUUGUCGUUCGAUUGAUAUUGAACCGGAUUUUGCGGUCGGUAAGACUGGAUAUCAUCCGGGGCAAAUCGUUGCCAACAGGCAGCAACGUUGUUCCAUCGUUGUUGCAGAUGCUGCAUAUGGCACAGUGGUCCAAUCAAGUGUGUGCCUCGCGUGGUUUCCAGUACAUUGUUCCCGGAGGCGGUAUUGAAGCUCCACCGGAGACGGACCAACCGUCGGCCGAAGAGUUUCUGAUGCAAAUCAUCCCUUUUGAUGCCUUGCGCAAGUUCCUCCCGCUGCUCUCGCAGCUGUUCAUGGAGAAUGCACUGGAUCAAAGAGUGAUUGUUGGAGGCGACCUGCACGAUGCAUUUAAUUCCAUGAUGGAGGCGAGACCCAAGCCUCCGGAUCCCGAGGUGUGGUCCACGAUCAGCAGCAACAAUAUUCAAGGUGUCGCGGCUUUGGUCCAAGGAGCAUUGGUUCACAUUUGUCUGCCUGGCAAUUCGAACGAGGCUUCCCUCGCUGUGACAUAUCCCAAGUUUGCCGCUGUUCUCGCAGAAGCUUCCUCUGCCAUUUGCGAUGAUAGGGCAUUCUUCGCGGGUUUGAUUGAUGCGUUGCUCAAGCACAAGUCCAAGCUGCAGCGAUCCACUAGAGACGCCGUUGUCUCUACUUGGCUGGACUUUCUGCGCAAGCCACCUCGACAUGCCAAGCGCAAGAAGGGCCCGAAGAAGCAAAAGAAAUGGGGCACCAGCACAUCGGCAGCUCACGAAUGUUUGAUAACCUUAUUCAAUGAGUGGGCUGCUCUUGGAAAUCAGCUGCUUCCUCGGGAUAAGCUCUUGGAAUUUGCAUGCGAUAUCGUCAAGGCCGUAGAAGAAAGCGAGACCCUCGCGGAACGACGGUUUCUUGCUCUUUGGAAGGAGUCACUGGAAACCAAGUCAGAAGAAGAACCUAGCGUGGGAGACUUUACUCCCAUCCGAAAGCAGUACGAGCGCAUGAUGAAGAGUUUGCCCGAGGCUUCCAGAGCACAGUGGAAAGAACAGGUAGGACUCGUAGACGAAGAAGAAAGCAAGGAAGAGAAGACAGAAGACAAGGAGGAAGAAGAAGAAGAAGAAGAAGACAAAAUGGAGGUUGACGUUAAAGCCGAAGAGGAACAAUAGUAGACAAGCCAAAACUAAAAAAGAGACAGCAGCGCUUUUGCCAUUAAGGCCAUGUACGUCUUGAUCGUCCCGUAUUUGCAAGUCGCUACUAAAUAGUUUUCAAUUCGGGGAAUAAUUGUAUAGCGCCAC